AUGAAAAUUGCUACAGUUGAACGGAUAACUUCUGUUCGACAUCAUCCAUAUGCUGAUCGUCUUGAUCUUGUUUUCAUUCUUGGUUAUCAAUGUGUAACAUCUCGUGAUAGUUUUUUACCUGAACAAUUAGUCAUUUUUAUACAACCUGAUUCUGUUUUACCUAAUGAUCAAUCAUGGGCACAACCCUAUUUAAAAUAUGCACGUCCACGUGUUCGAGCUAUUAAAAUUCGUGAUGAAUGGUCCGAAGGUUUAAUUGUUCCUUUAACUGAUAGGGAAAAAAAUCUUAAAGAAGGCGAUAGCGUAGCUGAACAGUUAGGUAUUCAACAUUUCGAACCAGCUAUUGUACAAGAUCCAACAAGUAUUCUUGGUCCUUUACCAUUUAAUAUACCAAAAACAGAUGAAGAACGUAUAGAAAAUUUUCAAAAUAAUCUUCCAUGGAAUGAAUUAGUUGAUGUAACAAAAAAAACUGAUGGUACAUCUUGUUCAGUUUAUUAUUCUUAUAAAAAAAAACAAUUUGGUAUAUGUGGAAGAAAUUGUGAAUAUGAUUUAACAAAAUCAAAUAAUUUCACACAUAUUGUUUCAAAAUAUUCUUUAAAGGAAUGUUUAACACAGUUUUGUGAACAAAAUCAGAUAUCAAUAGUUUUACGUGGUGAAUUAUAUGGUGGAGGUAUACAAAAAAAAGUCAAUAAUUCACAUUGUACACAACCAUUACAAUGGGCUAUAUUUUCUGUUUAUUUAUUUAAUAGUGAUAAUAAUCAGGGACGAUAUACAAGACGAAAAACAGAUGGUCUAUUAUAUUCUAUGAAACUUGCUGAGCAUCUUAAUCUACCUCAUGUACCAGUUAUUGAAAAUCAAGUACUAUUAACUCAACAAUUAAUUGAUAAAUAUUCUUGUCAAGUUGAUAUAAAAUUUGGUGAAGGUGUUGUUAUUCAACAUGAUCAUGGUUCAUUUAAGAUUAUUAAUAAAAAUUAUGAUGCAAAGAACUAA